CUGAGAGCCGAGGAGGCAGCAGGUGAAUAAUUUACAGCUUCUACUUUUUUUUCCCGUCCCACCUGUUCAGCAACGAUUCAGAAACAGAAACACAUCGAGAGCCGACAUGUGUAAACUACAGGUUCCACUUUUUAUAUGAAAAUAUAAAAACAUCCGGUCAGUUUGGAGAAUAAGACGGAACCACGCCGCCGGAGCCUUAGCAGGUCAGUUGUUGCCAGACGAGGAACCUCAGAAAAGGAAACCAUGUUGUCGGCGGAUGAGAUUCUGUGCAGCACGCAGCAGGUGAUCGCGGGUCUGGAGGCGCUGAGGGGGGAGAACUGCAGCCUGCUGGAGAGCCUUCAGGAGCCGGUAGAGAGCCGGACGGCGCUGGAGAGCGGCAGCGUGGAGCAGGAGAAGACCAGCAUCAUCCGCCAAUCACUGGAGAGGAUAGAGCUGGGGCUGAGCGAGGCCCAGGUGAUGAUGGCGUUAUCGGCUCACCUGGGUUCUCUCGAGGCGGAGAAACAGAAGCUGCGUGCUCAGGUGCGUCGUCUGUGUCAGGAGAACCAGUGGUUGAGGGACGAGCUGGCGGGUGCUCAGCAGCGGCUGCAGGAUCGGGAGCAGGAGGUGGUCACCCUGGAGGAGCAGAACAAACAUCUGCAGUUCAUGUCCUCCAUACGCAAAUAUGACCUGGAGGAGCCGCAGCUGGACGAUAAGGACACUUCUGCUAACAAGGAGUCUCUGGAUGACCUGUUUCCCACAGAGGACGAGGAGCAGUCACAGAUGUCACAGCCUCAUCACAGCAGUGCAGCGGCUGCAGCCCAGCAGGGCGGCUACGAGAUCCCUGCCCGCCUCCGAACACUCCACAACCUGGUCAUCCAGUACGCGUCCCAGGGACGGUAUGAGGUGGCUGUACCGCUCUGCAAACAGGCUUUGGAGGACCUGGAGAAGUCCUCAGGACACACACACCCAGACGUAGCCACCAUGCUAAACAUACUGGCGCUCGUGUACAGAGACCAGAACAAAUACAAAGAAGCAGCUAACCUGCUGAAUGACGCGUUAGCGAUCAGGGAGAAAACCCUGGGUAUGGACCAUCCGGCUGUGGCAGCAACACUGAACAACCUGGCGGUGCUUUAUGGCAAAAGAGGAAAAUACAAGGAAGCAGAGCCGCUGUGUAAACGAGCUCUGCAGAUCAGAGAGAAAGUUCUCGGUACAGACCACCCAGAUGUGGCCAAGCAGCUGAACAACCUGGCUCUGCUGUGUCAGAACCAGGGCAAGUACCAGGAGGUGGAGCAGUACUACGAGCGCGCUCUGCACAUCUACCAGAGCAAACUGGGACCGGACGACGCCAACGUGGCCAAGACCAAGAACAACUUGGCGUCGUGUUAUCUGAAGCAAGGGAAGUACAGACAAGCCGAAGCUCUCUACAAAGAGAUCCUGACCAGAGCACAUGAAAAAGAGUUUGGAUCUGUAGAAGGAGAUGGACGUCCCAGCUGGUCGGGUGCUGAGGACGGCAGCUCCGGUCAGGACGGACUCAGCAACCUGAAGCGCAGCGGCUCCUUCACCAAACUCAGAGAAUCGAUACGGAGGAGCAGCGAAAAACUGGUGCGCAAGCUGAAAGGAGUCGGAAUGGAGGAGACAACCCCGAGGAAUGCUGGGAUGAAGAGGGCGAACUCUUUGAAUGUGUUGAACGUUGAAGCCAGAGAGAGUCGAGACGGAGUCCAGUCGAGCCAUUUGACGGAUGUUCGAGGGCUGAGCUCGAGCACGCAGAGCCUGACGAGAAGAGGUUCAUUCGGUGGGACCAGCUAACACACACACACACACACACACAGGGUCAACAAAGCCUCUCGAGGUAACUGGAGAGACGGUCACAGUGAGAAUUCAGAGGUACUGCUUAAACGUGGAUCCCCCAUGAUGAGUCCCUUUACAGUAAAAACUGAGAAACACCUCAAAAUGUUUUUCUAAAUACCCCUCAUUAAAAAAGAAAAAAUAGUUUCUGUUUUCUCCUCCCUUUCCAAGUUUUCCACGUUGCACCGUAAUCACAUCAUUCCUUCCUUCCUGGUUUUUUAAAUUUUUAUUAAGUUUGUUAACAAAUUAAGAUUUUAAAUCCAAAGUUAACUUUUAACUUAAAGAAAUGAAAGAAAACUGAAGCUGUGUUUUAUACAGAAAUAUAUUUGUUUACACAUCAACCCCUUAAGACUACCUAAACUAACAUCAGCUCAGUUUUCACUCAACUUUAUUUAAAAAAGACAUUUUAACAGGUUAACAAAAGUUUAAGUUUUAACGUGGCUCCUCAGCUCUUUUAGGUACAUUUGUUUUAACAGAAUGGAAAAUUAGUUAUUUAUUUAUUUUAAAUAAAGAUGAGAUGACAUUGGCGUUACAGUAAAAAAAAACUUGAUAUUUGUUUGAAUCCUGAAGGACACAAAGCUGUUUGCACUGUGAUCAAAGACAUGACAUUAAAAUGUAAAUGUGUUUUGUUAACGAGGACAAAUUUUAUCUCUAAAGUUUAUUAUGUCGAAGAUUUUUAAAUGAAAAUGACUUUUUGCCUUUUUAAAAAAAAAUUGCAGGUCAAUCUUCUUUUAUUUUCAUAUUGUCAAAGUGAUAAAACAUGAUGUGUGUUUCUACGUCGUUCGUCCGGUCCUGCCAUUCCACAUUAUAAGAAAAAGGACCGCCUCUUACUUAAGUCCUCGUUCUUUAUCUGAAGCGUUUGAAUAUAAUGAAUGAAUCUGACUUUAACGACGGUACUCCUCUGAGACUUUUGCACAUUGCCGACCAGCUGGUCCGUACCCAGAACUUUUUCUGUUCAUGUUUUAACGUUGACAAUGAAUGACAUAUCUUUAUAACACAUUUCAAUAUUCAGUAAUUAUGUAUCCGUCUUAAUGUCUGUUCAGGCUCUAUGGACACCACAUGUUUUUUUGUCAUAUGCUGGAGUUCAUGUGCUCUCUAACCGGCCUUGGAUUUGACAGAGCUGCAUUAACUCAAAGCCCCUCUGUGCAGGAGGGGAACGUCUCUGACCCCUCGGGGGUUUCAAAAACAGACGGAGGAACAUGAAUAUCAUGCAUGUCAAAAGAAUUUCAUAUGAAGCAGCACAACUUAACUUGUUUCUUCAGACGUAAUCUUGUGACUCCGUCGCUGCGUAAUCAAAACAUUCACAGCAUCUUCCAUUUGAUGAUGAUGUUAGGGUUAAAAACCAUUUGACCUUCAUGGAUUUCAUUCCAAUAAACUCCUUUAAGGUUUACUUCCACUUGUUUGAAACACUGUUUUCCUGAAUCGACAGAGAGCUACUGAUUUAAUAACUGUGGUAGAAGGUCUCACUGCUGUCAGGACUGAAGUCGCACUAUGUUAGAUACUGUAGGAAGAACAGUUUGUAAGAAUGUUACGUACACAAUGGUAUAAAAAUAUGUAGGACCUGGAACUGUGUUUCCUCUGAUGCUUUGUUUAUUUUGCUUAAUUUCAAUGGUUGUAUUUUAUAUUUGCAAAUUUAAGUUGAAAUAAAUUACUAUAAAACAUG